AUGGUAUUAUCUAGUAGGAAAGAGAUGAGACGUCAAAGGCAACAAGAAUCACGCCAAAGGUCUCACUUGAUAAAGGCUGGAAGGAUUAAGCAAAUACAAGUGUUUCUCGAUAAGUGCAAUUAUGUUUGGCUAUUCAAACUCCCUAUUGCGCGCACCUCAUGUAUAAAAUCUGUUCGACAGGAUUUGGUCGGAAGUCGAAUAGUUAUUGGGUCAAACAGACUUACGGCAAUAGCACUAGGAAAAGAUGCUGCUAGUGAAUAUAAAAAGAAUCUGCAUCUUAUUUCAAUGCGAUUAGUAGGUAAUGUCUGUUUACUUUUCACAAAUCUCCCCUUGAGUUCUGUGAAAAAGUACGCGGAGGAAAAGCAAGUAUUACUUUACGCACGCCCGGGAAAUAUUGCUACUCGAGAUGUAAAGAUCCCUGCUGGUCCUAUUACUCGCGGUGAUCCCCCCGCAGAAUCUCCGUUCAUCAUGGAAUCUUCAUUCAAGAAAUUAGGAUUACCGGUUCAAUGUCUCGGCGGGAAUCUUUUUCUCGAGAAAGAGCACACUGUCUGUCUUUCUGGUCAAGCAUUGAGUGUUGAUCAAGCUAACUUACUGAAACUUCUUCAAAUUAGACUUAACACAUUCAAGCUUGAUCUUGUAUGUGUUUGGAAUGAUAAUAAAGUGACAGAGGCAUCAGAUGUUGAAUAG